GGGACAGCGGCUGCCGGCCGGGACCGGGGAGCCGGCAUUGUCCCUGGCCGGAGGGAAGGAAGGGGGUGCCGCGGAGGGGACGGAAGAGGGAAUGUUUUGUUUGUUCUCAAAUGCUGGAUAUGCUGGGUCAAUGAACUGUUAAUCCAGGAAGCAGAGUUGAGAGGACAAACUGAGAAGACAUUAUAACGAUGGCAAGCAGGAAUGCAACACUUUCCCAGAAGUCUCUCAUCUAGGGAAACGUGCAAGAAAGCAACCUUUGUGACUCUUUAAACGGCUGACUGUAACCUGGUCCAGGUUUGUCAGUGCCUGCUGAAAAAGACUUCUAGAACUUUAAAGCAGGCUACAAGACUGUCCUCAGCAGGAUCCAAGAUCUUCCCAGACACUUUACCAGCCCUACACACAGAACAAGAUGAUUGACCUAAGCUUCCUAACAGAGGAGGAACAAGAGGCAAUAAUGAAAGUGCUGCAACGGGAUGCAGAGCUUAAAAGAACUGAAGAAGAGAGAGUCAGGCAUUUACCAGAAAAAGUCAAAGACCAUGUUCAGCUAAAGAAUAUGAGUGGGCAGUGGUUUUAUGAGGCCAAGUCAAAGAGGCACAGGGAUAAGAUCCAUGGAGCAGACAUUAUCAGAGCUUCCAUGCGCAGGAAACCUGCCACCAUCGCUGAAGUGGCUCAGAACAAAAGAAGCAAAGCAAAGAUCAGCUGGGUGAACAAUGUUAAUAAAGAAGGCUUCGUGCCACCAGAUCUACAUGGCAUUGUGGAACAUCAAGAAGAAGAGCAACAGAAAGCUAGUUUGAGUUCUAAAGAAGCAAGCCCUGUGUUAAACAAACCAGAGGAAAGACCUGUGAAGGCAGCAGUCUCAUCAGUAAGGCAAAGGAGAAAUCCAUUUAAUUCCACUACAUCAGAUGAUAACUUGAACAAUGGGGAAUCAGAAGACAGACCAGCCAUUGUACCUCAGCUAUCAAAGAAGGAAAUUUGGUCAGUCUCAGAAGACAGCCCACCUAAAUCAAACUUACAAAAUGAUGAAUCAGAUAAACCUGAGAAGCCUUUUGUAGAACUUACUGAUCCAUCACAGAAGGAACUAGUUAAUCGUCCUGUCCCAAAAGCUAGGAAACUAAUUCACAAAGCAGCAGAUUCUGUAUCACAAAGAGAAGACCUUGCUCCCAAACCAACCAAGCAGACCGAGAGGAUUAAUGGCAUUGGUACCCCACCCAGGGGCAUUCUGAAACGCAGCUCAAGCUCAAGUUCCACUGACUCAGAAGUUCGGGUCAGUCAGAUGUUAGAUGUCCAGAAAAGGAAUGAUCUUUCUACCACAACUAUUUUUGAAGGGGAAGGUGAGAAGAACUCUGUUGUGGAAGAAGCAGAAGAUUCCACACAAAACUCACUGGAAAAACUGAAACAAGUGAGGUUUUCAUCUAGCUCAGGUAAAGGAAAACCUCUGCAAAGCCCACAGCUAUGCCAUGUUAAAGAAAAAGGAGACCAUGAUAUCUUAAAACCUGACAAAAAAAAGAAUAGUGGAAAUUGUGCUGUUCAAUCAGAUUCACUUGGUGAUAGGCAAAUUCCUGCUGCAAAGCCUUUGGGAACCUAUUUAUCAGCUUUACAAAUGAAAACAAUAGAUGGCUUACAAGAAGACACAUCUGCAUCUAGCCCUCGUGACAGUAACAGAUCAGUCUUCCCAGUUAGUGAAAGCUUCCAGACAAAUACAAUUACUCCCAAGAAACUUGAAACCCCACAGAAGACCUCCAGCAAUAUCCUGUCAAACAGCAAUAAUGAACAGAGUGUUAAUGAGACACAUGAAAAAAAAUCCAACCAGAUCCUGAUCCAACCAGAUAGACAUCAACUCUUGGCUGAAACAGAAGCAUGUGAAAUGUCCAAUACCAAUUCUACAAGUCUUCAACAAGGUAAGCCUGAUCUUGUUGAGGAGAGAGAUGCUAAAACCAUUUUCAAGCCUGGAAAACAUGCUGAUGAACUUGUGAAAGUGGACAAUGAAUCUGUAUCAAAAGUUUUAGACUGGUUUAGAAGAAGUUCUAGUACUGAAGAUGAGGAACUUGUAUCAAUGAAGUCCCAAGGCAGGGAGCCCAGAGAGGAAGUGGACGUGUCAAUCAGAAGAGCAGUUCUUCCUACAGAACACAGUGGGCCUGGCAUGCAUGGAACAACAAAAGAUACAGAAGAGAGACCAUUUGGAAAGAUUAAACAACAGAGCAGUAUUUCAUCUACAUCCUUUACUUCAGAAAACAUACAGCUGAUAAAGGAGAGGGUGAAGCCUAAGAAAGAGGAAGCAAAUAAGAAGCAAAAUGAUAAAUUGCUAACUGAAUUUGGUUGUACAAGAGUUGAAGAAAAAGAACAUGGUCAAGAAAUCAAACAACAAAAUCUGAAAUCAAAUCUCUUGGAACAUCAAGGGCACAAACUACUGUCUCAGAAAUGUGAAUCAGAGAAGGCAAUACAAGAAAAAAGAAGAAUAAGGGAGAUCAGAGCUUUCUGGGAAAGGGAUAAAACUAUACCCAGUCACAGAGAGAAAGGAGUUAGUAUCAAUACUGAUGCAUCAGGUGGCUGUGCAUUGACAGGUCUCAGAGAAAGUGACAAACUGAAACAAUCUGCAGUGUAUCUACCUAAGGCAUUGCAUGAUCAGUGCAAGAACACAUUAAGAAGUCCUGAAGUAAGUUGUGCAAGCCAGGCGUCAAGAAACAAAAGUCAGCACCCUCUUGAAUCUGGACCAGGCUGUGCAUUUGGAAAGGCAGAAGGGACACUUCAGUUUGAUGAAGUUUGUGACUGUACAGAACUCCCAAAAGCCAGUAACUUGCAUCCCAGAGCUGGUGUCACUUCAGUUUCAUCAAAAAGCAAAGACAAAGAUGAAAAGGAGACUCUUAAAGGAAAAGUUCCUGCUUCUUCCCAACAGAAGCCAAACUUCCAGGUUUUGUCUUUAAAAGAAAAGAUGAAUGAGAAGUCCAGGAAUCAAAUUUCAGAUCCUUCACACUUCCAGAGUCUGAGAAACUUCUGGGAUACUGGAGCUAAAUUCCAGAGUAGCAUUGACAGGGAAGAUGAUUCUUUGCCAAAUAAUACUAGAUCAAUAAUCUAUGAAAGAAAAUCAAAGGAAGAUAAAAAAGGCAGAGAUAACAUGAGCAAGCAAGAGUUAAUUAAACAACAAAACCAAACACCUGAGAGAGAAAAAACACAGAAACUAGAUUCUGUAGUAUGCAAAAAAUCUCUAGGAUCUCCUAUCCUAAGAGGUCUGAAUGUGACACACACAAAAAAUACAGACUCUCUCCAGCUGGAUAGCCAGCCAGUUAUCUCAAAAUCACAGGAGAAGAUGGGUCUUCCAGAGCAUGAAGUUAGAGAAUGUACAGAUAAAAGCAUUGUUUCAUCAAAAGAUAAUCCCCUUGAGGGCUCCCCAAGGCCUCAAGCUGGUUUGGAGAACCUUCUCGAAGAAACCCUUGUAUCUCAACCUUCUGAAUACAGAAGGGUGGGAAUGAAAACAUAUGAUGAGUCAAAUAGUAUAUCACAAAAUAACUGCAGUGUAGCAUCAGCACACCAAGAAACUACUGGUCCACCUGAAGAGGUCCAUGAGACUAUAGAGAAGUAUGUAGCUGGAUCCAAGGUCAACAGUUUGAGUUCUGCUCUACAGAAGCUGCUGGAGGAGGCUUCUGAAGCACCCCUUCCUAAACCCAAAUUUGCCGACAGCACAGCAUGGGGGACUGCUGAGUAUCAAGUUAAAAGGACAAUGUGUGAACAUGGUGGAGAAGUGCCACAGGAAAUCAGUGAGACUGUAGAAAGGUCCGUUGCCCCAUCCAAGGCCAGUGGCUUGAGUUCUGCUUUAGAGAGGCUGCUGAAGGAGGCCUCUGAAACGCCCCCUCCUAAACCCAAAUGGGCUGACAGCACAGAGCAGAGAACUGCUGUGGUGCAAGACAAAGGCAUGACUUAUGAGCAUGGUGAAGAGGUGCAGCAGGAAAUCAGUGAGACUGUAGAAAGGUCUGUUGCCCCAUCCAAGGCCAGUGGCUUGAGUACUGCUUUAGAGAGGCUGCUGAAGGAGGCCCCUGAAGCACCACCUCCUAAACCCAAACGUGCUGACAGCACAGUGCAAAGGACUGCUGCGGCACAAGUUAAAAGUACAACUUAUGAGUGUGAUGGGGAGGUGCUGCAGGAAAUCCAUGAGAUUGUAGAAAAGUCUGUUGCCCCAUCUUCAGACAGUGGCUUGAGUUCUGCUUUAGAGAAGCUGCUGAAUGAGGCCUCUGAAACACCCCUUCCUAAGCCAAAACAUGCUGACAGCACAGUACAGAGAACUCUGGAGGUGGAAGCUAAAAGCAUGACCUAUGAGCAUGGUGGAGAGGUAGCUCAGGAAAUCAGUGAGAAUAUAGAAAAGUCUGUUGCCCCACCCAAGGCCAGUAGCUUGAGUUCUGCUUUAGAGAGAAUGCUGAAGGAGGCCCCUGAAACCCCCUCUCCUAAACCUAAAUGUGCUGAGAGCACAGUACAGGGGACUGCUGAGGUGAAAGCUAUGAGCACAGCCUAUGAGCAUGAUGGAGAGCUGCUGCAGGGAAUUGGUAAGACCACAGAAAGAUCUGCACAGUCCAACACUGAAUACACAGGGUCUGAUGUUAAUUUUCAGAAUCAACCAAAAGAGGUUUCUGAAACACCAGCUUCUGUGCUGGAAAAUAUAGAUAAGAAAAUGCAUGAUAAAAUACAGACUAGUGUAGGUAUACAUGUUCCACAUCAACAAGACAGAGAUCACCCUCAAGAAAUACAAGAAACAGUAGAAAAAACCUCUGUUUCAAAUAUAGCAAAAUUUGGUGAAUUCAGUCGCUCUUUAGAAAAACUUCUUUGGGAAGUAUCUGCAGUUUCAUGUCCAAUACCCAGAGACUUAUAUCAGCAAGAAGAAGUUGAGGAUUGUACAUUUCCCUCAGAGAAAGGGACUCUAUUCAUGAGAAGGUCACAGCCAUAAAAUGCCCUAAGUAGCUAUGAUACACAAAUGAAGAUAGUUCUCAAAGUGGGAGCUCCAGAAAAGACCGUCAAAGCCUCAGUUAAUGAUCUUGCAGUAAGUGAAAUUGAAGCUUCUGGUCUUAAAAGAGAUGGAGCUAUUAACAAAAUAGGGGAGAGAAACAUGGUUUCAUUUCAUCUUUGUUCCUUGGAAGGCAAGACAAAUAUGGUCGCAAUCAAACCAUUUGAGAUAAAUGAAAAAGGGAUGAUUGAAAGCACGUUCUUGGAGGCUUCUGAACAGAAUUCAGAAUUUCAAGCACUGAUGAAUUUCGGAAGAACAACUACAGCACUUAAAGAUGAGAUCAACUACCCCCAGCCAGAAGAAUCUCAGUUCUGCUUAAUGUCUCAACAUGAGGAUAACAAUGAAGAGGAAGGCAGCAACAUAAAUUUGGGAUCCAAGUUUUCAGAUGAAAACUCUGAUUCUCACUCUGGAACUCUGAAUAGAACACGUUCUGAAGAAGGAUUAAACCCUGUUUUGAUGGCUUUGAAAAGGAGUGCUGAUAGGAAAAAGCCUUCCAAAAGUCUAGAGGACAUUCCAUCAGCUACCUCAAAUAAAGAAAAAAUAAAUAAACCAAAGGAAGAAUUAGUUCUUAGUGAUGAAGAUGGUCUGAAACCUAAUCAGCAUCAAGAGAGGACUGAAACUGCAGCAGGAAUUUCCACAGUGACUUCACAGCCUGCUAAACUCUUUUCCAACCCCGAAAAACUCAAAGGACUGAGCAAGUCAGUACCAUCAUUCUUACAGGAAGAGAGUGAUGACAGAGAGACAGAUACAGCAUCAGAAAGCAGUUAUUCCUUUGGCAGAAUCAAGAAGAGUCCCAGCUCUCUAACCAAUCUUAGCAGCUCUUCUGGCAUGGCCUCCUUAUCCUCUGUGAGCGGCAGCCUAAUGAGCAUCUAUAGUGCAGACUUUGGCAAUGUUGAUGUGAAGGGGAACAUUCAGUUUGCCAUUGAUUAUGUGGAACAGCUGAAUGAGCUCCACAUCUUUAUUUGCCAGUGUAAAGAGCUGGCAGUAGCAGAUGUUAAGCGACAGCGUUCAGACCCGUAUGUAAAAACCUACCUGCUUCCAGAGAAAUACAGACUGGGCAAACGGAAGACUUCUGUCAAAAAGAAAACUUUUAAUCCAGUCUAUAAUGAAAUACUGCGGUAUAAAAUUGAGAAGGAGCUCCUAAAGAAUCAAAGCCUCAAUAUCUCUGUCUGGCACAAUGAUACCUUUGGGAGGAAUAGCUUCCUUGGUGAAGUGGAGCUGGAUUUAGGAACUUGGGACUGGAAUGAUCCAUCCAAUAAGCAGAUAAACUGGUUUUCUCUCAAGCCAAGGACUUCAGCAGUAACUCUUAAUCUAGAAAACAGAGGGGAGAUGAAACUAGCCCUCCAGUAUGUCCCACAUCCAAUUGGAGGAAAGAAGACUCUAUCUACUGGUGAGGUCCACAUCUGGGUGAAGGAAUGCCAUAACCUCCCUCUUCUGAGAGGCAAUAGGCUCAACUCUUUCAUUAAAUGUACCAUUCUUCCAGACACCAGCAGAAAAAGUCGCCAGAAAACAAGGACAGUUGCAAAAACUACAAACCCGGUAUUCAACCACACCAUGGUCUAUGAUGGCUUUAGACCAGAAGAUUUAAAAGAAGCCUGCAUAGAACUCACAGUCUGGGAUCACAACAAACUAGCAAACCAUUUUCUGGGGGGCCUCCGGAUAGGCCUUGGAACAGGCAAAAGCUAUGGAACUACAGUAGAUUGGAUGGAUUCUACAUCAGAUGAAACUGCCCUUUGGGAGAAGAUGAUGAACUCUCCGAACACCUGGAUAGAAGAUACACUACCUCUCAGGAUGCUUAUGGUUGCAAAAUUGACAAAAUAAGGUGGAUUUUUAUUUGUUAGUGUCAAAAAGAAACCUUGGGAAUGAAAUUAAAAGCAUGGGGGUGGAACUUUAGAAGAGGAACACAGUAGCUUUUUUGUCAGUUUCUGCUCUGUUACUGUUCUGGUUUUGUGCUGUCAGAUGUCACUUUGUAUUUCAAAUUGAACAUCUGCUUGCAGAUCAUUAUGUAAAUUGUAGGGAUUUUAAAAUUAUUCAUGGAAAGCAACUUCAAGAAAGAAGGUGUUUACAGAACUCAGUGUCAGAGGUAGCUGUGAUAUCUGGAUGACUGUGUUGUCUAACUGAAGCAUUGCUGAUCCCUUAAAAAUCCAAAUAACCAGCAGAAAUAUAAGAGCAAGUCAACUGUUUUUGUACAUUGCUAGGAUUUUUCAUGAAGUCUUACUGAUAAAACAGCAACAUUAGUGUUAAAGCUCAUUGGUAUGUGUUUGUAUCUUCAUUAUGCUGUGUCAGAUCUCUCCAGCAUGAAAUAUGGUUGUGAAGAACUCAGUUUUUGCAAGUUCCUCUAGUUGUAAUUGUACAUUUCUAGGACAUGAAAGUUACUCCCCCAAUGAAAGAAGCGUGGCAUGAAAUGGUACUGUCAAUGUCCUAUUCUACAAGGUGCAGAGGACUUUCUUCCAAUGUACUGUAAAAAAUCAGGGUUAUAAAAAAUUUGCUUAUACAUGUGUUAAUCAUCUUGCUAGCAUACAAUACUUAAGUGCUGAAGAUGUAAAGGUGAAACUAUUUUUAUUCCAGUGCUACUCAAAAGGAUCUAAAUGUGCCAGUUUUAGUGAUGACAAAAAUGUUGGGUAUUUAUUCUCCAAAGUGCACUUGUUUGUACCUGUAUCCAUUAGCUUGUUUUGGUUUUUAUUUUUGCAAAAAGUGAACUUACCUGUGCUUCAGCGCCACCGUUAGGAGACUGGUAGGACUGUGGUGGGCUUUGCUUAGUUUUGAGGCAUAGGAAAUAAGACUGCAGUUUGUAACUUGUAGAAAUGCUAGUAGAUAAAUUCAUAAAGUACAAAAUAUAUUCAUUUUGUUUUCUUUUUUUUUAAAUAAAUUCAGCCUAUUUAAAUGAAAUAGGAAUUCAGUUUUAUUACAUGCCAGUGGUUUAUGUUAGCCAUUCAGCAUGCAAUGUAACAAAAUGCAGACAGAAAACAUUUUUGAAAAUAAAUGCACAGUUUUUUACUCCAGCUAAGUCUAAAAUCUGGUGAAAUCUUUUACUUCAGUUAGAGCAGAGGGGAGAAGGGAGCUCUUCACAACUCCAAAACAAUUGCUUGAUUUAAUCAUACAAAUUUAAAUGCUACUUGGUAUUUAUUAUACACUGUGAAUGGAAAAAAGGAAAGAUGCUAUUCAACCUACCAGGGAAUCCACUUUCCUCUUGUCAACCAAGCAGUCUGUGGAGUUUACAAAUGUCAAAAGCAGUUUGCCAGUCUUUGAUAUCUUCCUGCUUCAGGUGUUUUGGAUGAGAUUAGUAGCUGCUGCAGCUUCCACUCUGCCAGAUAUAUAAAAAACACUUUUUGACUAGGGAACAUGUGCACAUGACACUUCAGAACAAUGUAUUCUUACCAACAUGGUACAGUUGCUGCUUUGAUUCUCCAUUCUUGAAGAGCCACUCUUGAAAUUAUGGUGAUUCUGAAAAAGAAUAGGCACCUAAUUUAUUUGUAUUCACUCCUUAUGUGAACUAAUUUUUCAUCUGAAAACAGAGGUUGCUGUGAACAUGACCUUCAGUUUCUCAGGAUUAAUGUUUUUAUUGCAGUUGUAUCUCCUGUGAAGCUCAAAUAUACUGCUAAGUCAAAACAGCUUUGGGUUCUG